AAUGUUUGGACCACGAAAAUGAAAUGUAUAUUUAUAAACUGUACUUUACUGUAAUUCUUCUCAAUUUUUAAUGGUAAUAAAUUUUUCAUCAAACUUAAUUGCAUUCUUAUUUUGGUGGUAAAGAACUAAUUAUUUGUAAAUAAAUUAAGCAUACACUAAUAAACGAGUUUCUUCAUUUUUAAUUACUAAAAUUUCCAAAACUAUCUCAGCAAUACUGACCUGUCCCUGGGAACAGUAGUGUCAGUUGUGUCUUUGUUCUUACAUCUUCGUAAACCUCUCUUCCGAUCAAUGGAGACUUUUCGACCAUUCCCAAAUACAAAAUGAAAAACUCAUCCGACCCUUUUCCUUAAUCAAUGGAUCUGUCAACAUCUUCUUCUUCUUUUUCAGCAGCCUCAUCAUCGUCCUCUUGGUUUUCCGGCAUAGUUCGUGGCCGUUCUAACAGUGUCAAGAUGUCUAAUAAAAAUCCGGCCGCCGCUUCCGGUGGUGCUGAUAGUGUUUCUGGUGGUGGACCUAUUACUACGAAAAAGCAAUUCCUUGGUGUAAUGUUUAAGUAUGGUCCUAAGUCAGUUCAGGUUGCUUUUAAAACGGGUGAUUAUAAGCAGCAGGUCAUUUUCAUUGGUGGAUUAACGGAUGGAUUUUUAGCUACUGAUUACUUAGAACCUCUGGCUAUUGCUUUGGAUAAAGAGAAAUGGUCAUUGGUCCAGUUUCUACUUUCAUCAUCUUAUAGUGGAUAUGGAACCUCAAGCUUGAGACAAGACGCAACGGAGCUUGAUCAGUUGAUAAGCUACUUGAUAAACAAGGAAGACUCUGAAGGUGUCGUACUGCUUGGACACAGUACUGGCUGUCAGGAUAUUGUGUAUUAUAUGCGCACAAAUGCUGCAUGCUCCAGAGCAGUUCGUGCAGCCAUAUUGCAGGCUCCAGUUAGUGAUCGAGAAUAUAAAGCCACUCUUCCUGAUACUGCUUCAAUGAUUGAUUUGGCCUCAAACAUGAUAAGUGAAGGUCGUGAAUCAGAGUUAAUGCCAAGGGAGGCAAAUCCAGAUGCUCCAAUUACUGCCUUUAGAUAUCACUCACUUUGCGCAUACAAUGGUGAGGAUGACUUGUUUAGUUCCGACUUCAGUGAUGACCAGCUGAAGCAGAAACUUGGGCACAUGUCCAACACUCCUUGUCAGGUUAUAUUUUCCAUGGGUGAUGAGUACAUUCCAGAUUAUGUUGACAAGAAAGCAUUGGUUGAUAGAUUGUGCAGAGCAAUGGGUGGUGCUGAAAAAGUUGAAAUUGAGUAUGGGAACCAUUCUUUAUCGAACAGAGUCGUAGAAGCUGUUGAAGCUAUAAUGAGCUUUGUUAAACGAGAAGGUCCAAGCGGGUGGGAUGAUCCAUGGAACUAAAUGCUUGAUCCUGCAACUUCAAUGAAUUACUUUUGCCUUUCAUAUUCUUUAUUUCCAUGUAACCUAUCAUUUAUAUGUACACUGCUGGUAGAUGGGCGUACAAAUAUUUUUUUACCAAGUGAAAUGGUAGUCUAGAACAACAUAUCGUCCUUCCAUUCUUUGUUUUUUCAUGAGUUUUGUAAUUUACUCUGCAAGAUUAGAAAUUAGCAGUGGGAAUUGAAUAUCUGUCUCCCUUUUAUUUGAAUCAUUGAUCUUUUAUCUGAAAGCAGGAGACAUGCCGUAGAGGCGAAUGUAACAUUUUGGCUAUAGAUUCAUUUGAACCCAUAUGUUUCUACGUGAAA